CUAUUACACUAAGUGACGAGAAAUUACAUAAGCCUAACUAUCAACAGACUGUAUUUUCGGAUUUUCUGUUGACAUUGAGAGAACAUCAACCAAUGUAUGAAAUUUUAAAGACUGCAGAAUUACAUUAUCAUCAAGAAAGCUUGUGACAGUUUAUCUAACUAUGAUUAAAUUUCAUUAAUAAUUGUGGUGUUGAUUGGAAAUAUAUUGGUUAGAUGGUGAUGGUCAUAUUGGAGAAAAUUUGACAUUACACCAGAACUAUAUUUUUGUUGUGUCUGAUAUCUGCUUCUUCUUUGAAAUAUUGGCAAAAGAGUAAAUUAUGGAUGGGAAACUGUGUAGGAGUGAGGUUCAUGGUGAAAAACACCCUGAUAAUCUUUGUGUAUCUAAUCAAACAAUGUACAUUGAAAAGAAAUCAAAUCUCAGUAGUAACAACGGUAAAAUAUUUGCACAAAGAACUAAUACCUCAAAACAUAAGAUACUCAACACUAGCUCACUCCGUUACCAAUGUGAAAUUUGUGGUAAACGAUUCCUAAUAAAAAACUUUUUGUCUUUACAUAAAUGUAUUCACACUUCAGAUAAACUCUAUCACUGUGACACCUGUGAUAAAACAUUCUCUGAGAGAAGUCAGUUAAUUUGUCAUAUAUGUUUCCACAUUGGUGAUGGAUUAUACAACUGUAAUAUUUGUGGUAAAACAUUCCUUGCGAGAGGCAAAUUAAAUCGUCACAAACGGAUUCACACGGGUGAGAAACCAUAUUACUGUGAUAUCUGUGGCAAAACAUUCUGUGGGAAUAGUAAUUUGACUAGUCAUAAAUGUGUUCAUACAGGGAAGAAAGCGUACCACUGUGAUAUUUGUGGUAAGUCAUUCUCUCACAAUAGUGCUUUGACUUGUCAUAAACGUAUUCACACAGGGGAGAAACCCUAUCACUGUGAUAUCUGUGGUAAAACAUUCUCACAUACUAGUGGUGUAACAUGUCAUAAACGUAUUCACACUGGUGAAAAACCAUACCACUGUGAUAUUUGUAAUAAAACAUUCUCCCACAACAGCGGCUUAACGUGUCACAAACGUAUACACUCAGGUGAGAAACCAUACCAUUGUGAUAUCUGUGGGAAAAAUUUCUUUCAAAGUGGUAAAUUAACAAUCCAUAAACGUCUUCACACAGGUGAGAAACCCUAUCACUGUGAAACCUGUGGUAAAACAUUCUCACGACAUGAUAGCUUAAACAUUCACCAACGUUUCCAUACAGGUGAAAAACCAUAUCACUGUGAUAUCUGUGGGAAAGCAUUCUCUCAGAAUACUCAUUUGACUAGUCACAAACGUAUUCAUACUGGUGAAAAGCCAUACUGCUGUGAUAUUUGUGGUAAAACAUUCUCUCAUAGUGGAAUUUUAUCAAAUCAUAAACACAUUCACACUAGACAUAAAGCAUGGCACUAAAAUAUAACCUAUGGUAAACAUUGCCUCAGAAUAGUAAUUUAGCAAAGACCUGAACGGAAGAUGAAUCAUAAAAGUUUGAACCAAAGAGAGAGCCUCUAUGCAACAAAAUUUCUUUUAAAUCAUACACUAUUGUCUUUAGAAAAGAUACAUUGAAUGCUGUAAUCUGAAAUGAACUAUGUCUAUAAGCAAUAAACUUGUUUCACUUAUUCAAACAAUGUCCUUAAAUAUUAUAUUUGUCAGGAGUGGAGGCGCAAUGGCCCAGUGGUUAGGGCAGCGGACAUAGGAUCGCGGUUUCGAUUCCCAGACCGGGCAUUGUGAGUGUUUAUUGAGCAAAAACACCUAAAACUCCACGAGGCUCCGGCAGGGGAUGGUGGCAAACCCUGCUGUACUCUUUCUCUCACUCUUACUUCCUGUUUCCGUUGUGCCUGUAAUUCAAAGGGUCAGCUUUGUCACACUGUGUCACGCUGAAUAUCCCUGAGAACUACGUUAAAGGUACACGUGUCUGUGGAGUGCUCAGCCACUUGCACGUUAAUUUCACGAGCAGGCUGUUCUGUUGAUCGGAUCAACUGGAACCCUCGACAACGUAAGCGACGGAGUGCCAACAACAACAACAACAAUUUGUCAGGUUGAUCAUGAUAAUUAGGUAGAAGUGAGUGGUAAAGGUAAGAGGCUGUGUUCUACAUGAAUUACCCAUCAAUUAAUGUUUUGCAGUUCAUAUAUUUAUUAAUCAAUUAAUUGUAUUUACAUAUAUACAAUGUAUAAAUUGUAAUAAAAGUAUGUUUUGUGAUAUUUAAAGUUUUAAACUGCGUAAGAUGAAAAUAAUACUUUAGUUGAUAGUGUUAUGUAUAACUGUACAUAGUAUAAACAGAGCAAGGCUAGUAAUUAUAUGGAAAGAUAUUUGCAUGUAUAUAAAUAUGUAUGCCAGCAUUACAACCCAAGUUUGAUAACCUUUUGCUUGUUAUUGCAAAAAACAAGUAGAAGAAAGUGAGAGCAUCUCUUAUGGAACUGAGUAACAGAAUUUUGUGUAGCACCAAAGGUUCAAUAUUCCAACUUUAAAUAACAUUGAGCAAAACUUUUAGAAAUACAAUUUGGCAGGAAUUCACAGUUGUCUUUAAAGUCUACUGCCUUACUGGUUACAUUGCUUGCUGAAAUUGGUUGAAAAAAAUUCCUGUAGUCAUUCAUGCCUUUUAAGUUUUCAGAGCUGGUCAUGCCUGGUCUGAAUAUAGGUGGAAUCCUCAUUGCACAUUUAAUAAAUUGAGAUUGUAUUGUACUGACAGAGUCCAUUUUGUGAACAUUGGAACCAUCACCAAACAUGAAUAAAUUAUAUCACAAAACAAGCAACAUAUCCAUGUCCUGUCUAUUACAUUGGUUUUUCACACAUAAAAACACUGCAUGAUAAAUCAUGUAAAAUGUAUGAUAUAUAUGCAAAUCUGCAUGUUAGUUGCUUCAUAUUCAGUUAUAAUUAUGCUAAGUACCAUAGGCCUGACGGCAGAAGACCAUUAAGUUGUCAAUGGAAGCAGCAGAGGUUGCCUCAAAGUGGCAGUGAAUUAGAAGAUGUGAACCCUGGGAGGGUUAGUGCUAAUAGGACAAAAGCUGGGGCUUGAUCAACUCUGGCUGGUGGGCUUGAUUGUUGAAAGACCUGGAACAUCCAAUGGUCUCUGGAAACAUCACUGAUGAUGUGUUCAAGUACAUCAAAGGAUAAUGUAGGGUAAAGUUAUAGGUCUACUCUUUGUCCAAAUUAGUGGCUUUUCUCCAAUAUCAUCACCUUCAUGGUUUUAUUUUAACAUUUAAAAGAAAAUUUAUAUAUAUAUUUUUUUUCGUGUUUAAAACUGUUGGACAAUAAAACAUAAACUCUGUCUAUCUCAAACCAAUUGUAUGUGUUGCUUAGCAGUUUUAGACCAGGUGUCAUUACUUCCUUCCAUUGUCUAUGUCAAUUCAUGACUCUUUUUGAUCACCCUACAUAACCAUAAUUGUGUGAUUAACAACUUUACUUUCUUACCAUAUCAUUCUGUGUUUGAUCCUACUAUGUGGCACGUAAUGCAGGUAUCUCCUACCAGUUUCAGGUUAACCGUGAAACAUGUCAGAUGACCUAAUGGAUAAAGUAGCAAAUAUCAAGUUGAGAUGUUGGUGAUUCAUGCAGUUGUAAUAUUUAUUCUCAACUUCCUAAAGUAGUUGAUUUAUAUAUAUAUGUAAUUGCUGCUGUAUUGAUUUCUGUGAAAAUAUAACUUCACUACUUAGAACCAUUUUUACAGUUCUUUCUGUCAGAGUUGAACUUUUGUGAACAUUGUUCCAGAAGCCUCUAUGACAUUGUGAUUUAGAAUUAGUGUCAAGGUAAUCUUUAACCUGGCCUAAACUAUGAAUUUGUAGUUUUGAAAAGUAUUACUGUUUGAAAAUGUGUAGUGGUUACAUUUUCAACUGAUUUAGAAUGGAUGAACUUAACCUUUUUCAUACCAAGACAUCUGAGACUGUCCUUGGUUCUGUGAUACCAAUUUCCCUGCUUGAAAGUGAUCUAAAUUCAAUCCUUUCAAAAUUUCAUGUUAAAUCAAGUUCCAAACACCUGUUUGAUAAUAACAAAAGUUAUUUGACAAAAUUUUAUGUUAAUUUCAAAAUUCUUUGUAAGAAAGGCAGUGAAUUUCAACAGAAAUAUGGUAAUGAAAAGGUUAAGAUCUAGUCUGGUUAUAUUUUACUGACACAGUUAAUUUAUCAGUGGUUUUACAUUAGAAAAUCCAUUUUAAUCAGUUAUUUCUACAGAAUAUAAAUGCAUAUUUUGAUGUAAGAGUUAGCCUAAAUCUUGUCCUUCAGAGAAUUUUAUUAUUGCAAAUAUGAAGUACCAAACAAGUAGCGUGAAACAAUUAUGUUAUACUGGAGUAAAUAAAGAUGUGAUUUUUUUCAUGUGAUUAUGUUUGUGUAUGCCAUGGCCAACCUUCAAUCUUCUUUUUGUUAAUUAAAUCUAUGGUUAAAAUUGUGUUGGUGGCACAUUUAUGGUUUAUAGUUCUUUACUAUGUAAAUGAUCUGCUAAUGGUAGCCUAUCAGUCUCACGGUUAGGCUGUUGGUAACUUAACUGGCAAUACACUGGGGCUUUACCUUAGUUUAUGGAGGCUGGAUGAACACUCUGGCAGGACAAAAAACAUUAUCUGUUGGCAAGAAUAGACAAACUUAAUGAUUGUGGCCAUCCAUUAAAUGUACAAAUGGAGGCCUCAUUAAAGUUUUUCGAUCUAGCAUUUCUGAAUCUUGGUUGUCUAUGUCAGAUAUAUAGGCUUGCCUUUCCUUUGACCCAAAGGCAUGGGUGAGAGAACCCUCAUUGAUAAAUACAAAGACUGCCCAAAGUAACUUAAAUCAGUCCUGGCUUUACUUUUCUUUUUUUCUUUGCAUUGUUGAAAACAACACACAUUCCACAAUUAAUAUCCUAUAAAAAGAUUUUACUAAAAGUAUUAUUUCAUAUUAAAUGUAAGCACAAGUAAAAUGAAUCAUCUGGGAUGUUUAAGUGAAGUUUUAAAAAGGAACAUCACAUACAUAACUUAAUGAGCGCAAUAUUAAAUAAUCAAUGCAUCCAAAUCCAACCUUAAACACCAAUGGUCAAGGGAAUAAAAUUGCAAUAAGUAUUAUUCAUUCAGCCCCCAUGUGAGAGGUAGUAUCAAAUAUAAAGGUACAUAAACUUUUUGUUUGUGAGAAUAUAGAAGACUGGUGUUGGAAAAAUCUGGUUACCAAAAUGUGGUAAAUGGAGCAGCCAGCUGAGCCAAAAUAGUAAGCUAUGGGUAUGUAAUGGUGAAUACUAAGAGACCUACACAGAAACGAUCAUCUAAAUGCUGUCCUGUUUCGUUUGUCUAGUGCAUUGCAAAGUCUGCAUGUAAUGAGGUAGAUGAAGUUGGUUAAAAUUUUGAGUGACAUUAUUCUGGGAUUUUAGAUUGCUUAUAGGUGUAUUUUUGAGGUGAAGUUAUAGAAGUGGCAUCUGGUUAGGGGCGAGGAUGUUUCUAAUCAGCAGGUUAUAGAGAUUCCAUU